AGAAGCCCCGAAGGAUUAUUUUGAAACCUACCCAACCAUGUAGAGUCGGGCUUUAUUGUGGAACAGAAUGGAAUUGUGUUAAAAACCUGUCUCGGUGCUAUUUUAAGACGAACGUGGAAGUCCAUUCAUUACGGGUUCUAGGUCAAACAGGUCUACCUUGUUAAGUCUUGGUCUGCUUCACACAAAUACCCGUGUGUGUAUACAGGGUGUGUUCAUGUAACAUGGCGGAGUAGCGACACAGGUACCCGAACGACAACAUUCUCACCUGUCACAACGAUUUCAUUAGCCGAUAACUUGUCCUGCUUUGGAAUAUAUAUAUAGCUGUAGUAACACCGGACGUGUAUGUGUUAGGUUUCACUGGAAUAUUUACCUGUGAUCAAAGAUUGCCUACCUGUAUUUAGUUAUAGUGACUACCAGGUACAAGUAACGUGCUGUGUUGUAAGCGAGCACAGGUGUGACAAGAAAAAAGUGAAAAAAAUCGUAUCCAACACAAUGUGUUUUGUGACAUAUUGAUUUGUUUCUACCAUGGAACAUAUCCUUGUGUAAAAACAGAAUGGCGAGUAAAUCUACACGAACGACAAACGGGAUGUCGGAUAGUAAACAAAGACACGUCAGUAACAUACAUAUUGGAGGUGGCGCCUCUCCCCCGAGGAAGCGGUCAUCCCAUUCUAUACAAGCACCAGCCACUUCUGCCUGGGGUGGAGAUGAACGCCAUUUUGACGUUUCUAUCACAGACGAAAACCCAGAAAGUGCGAGUCCUCGGACAAAACAGAACAAUGGUCUCGCGGCAUUGGAGGAGUGCGAACUUGACCCGAAAUUUGGGACCACUACACUUUCGUCUGCUAAGGUUUCGGAUCAGCUGCUAAAAGUUUUACAAGACUCGACUGUCGUUCACGAAGCGGUGGGAAAUGGCAAAGACAACGAUGACCACCGAUCCUCAGGUCGCCACUCUACAGCAAGCGACAACUCGACAGAACAAUCGGACGAGCCCUCCAUAACCAGGUCACAUGACUCUGGGGAUUCUAUUGUCCCCAGUAGCUGGACUUCCUUCGCUCAGAGCCUGUUCACAGUGAAGGGGUCCAGUAGCUACUGCUGUGCUGCUCUGCCACUGCCCCUUCUACCAAAGUAUGAAAAGGCAGAUCACUUGGCCUCAUUAGCUUCCUGGGUGACGAUCCUGAGAAUCAUGGGAGAUCUACCAGACAUUGACACUGUAGACAAGAUUGAUGUCGCUGGGCAAUCAACGCCCCCUACUGUCCAAGUCCGACAGUUCUACCACAAGAAAUACACAAAGAAAGACGUAGAUGAUUCACACAAGAAAUAUACAGAACUGUUUAAAAAUCCUGGUUUCACAGAAGCUAAGGGUCUGCCCUUCCUCAGUGAUUCAUCAGCCUCCAUGUUAGAGAAGGUCCAGUUUAUAUGUGCCCUCGGCAUCUAUCAGCCAGACAUCAGAGAUGAGCUGUACUGCCAGGUUUGUAAACAGCUGACCAAUAACCCAUCACGCAACAGUACUGUGAGGGGCUGGGUUCUCUUAUACCUCAUGGCAGGCAGUUUCUCCCCUACAGAGAGGUUUUCACCGUGCUUCCUCCAGUUCCUACAGGAGAGUAUGCCGGAGCAUGCUAAUCGUGUGGAGAGAUUACUGCGGAGGACGUUCAUUACCGGGACAAGGGCUUUCCCUCCUAGCUGGCUGGAGUUCCAGGCCGCCAAAAAUGGCAAACCGAUUCUGCUUCCUGUGGCAUUAAUGAACGGCAACAGGAUGCUGGUGGAAGCGGAUGCCGUGACUACGGUUCAGGAACUGAGUCGGCAGGUUGGGAACCGGAUCGGUCUCCAUCACCUAGAAGGCUUUUCACUCUACAUAACGCUAAUGCAGAGGAUCUCAUGUCUGGGUCACGGGCUUCACCGUGUGAUGGAUGCAGUGUCGGAGUGUGAGCAGCACACCCGUCAGAUGGGAAUGAAGGAGAGCACGUCCACAUGGAGGUUAUAUUUCCGUAAAGAGUACUUCACGCCCUGGCACGAGCACAACCGUGAUCCCAUUAGUAUCGACCUCGUCUAUCAGCAAGUGAUGAGGGGCGUGUCUGUGGGCGAGUAUAACUGUGACAAGGAGGAGGUUUUGGUCAUGAUGGCAGCUCAGCGAUAUUUUGUAGAACACGGAAAUGAUUUAAAGCCGGAAAAAAUUGAAUCGUUCCUCACUAGUUGGCUUCCUGGAGAGAAGAAAAUGGGUGAUGAGCUGCAGUCAUGGGUGGGAAAAGUGACACAAGUGCUUGAAAAAGACAUUUUAAAAAGUAAAAUCAAUGCUGACACCCUAAAAGCAGACGUUGUGACAUUCGCCAAAAAUAAAUGGUUUUCCAUGUUUUCGCGUUUCUACGAUGCAAGUAAAAUCCAGGGACCCGACACCUCAUGGUCGCAUGUGAUUCUAGGCCUUAAUUUCAAAGGCAUUCAGGUGAUGGACGAGAAAGAGAAUAUCAAAAUGCAGAUUCCAUUUAUAGAGACUGCCUCUAUAUCUCGCAACAGACAUACGACGACGAUUUCCACAGUGAAAUCUGAAGAAUAUGUGAUAUUUUCACUUCAUUCGGAGGAUCUCUACCGUUUGCUGUCUAUGUUCCUUGAAGGAUUGAAGCGCAAAUCAAAAUACGGAUUUGUUGUCCAAGACUGUUCACAAUAUGAUGGUGCAAUAGGGUUGAGCGUACAAAAAGGAGACCUCGUCAAACUUGAUCAUCCGUACGACGACUUGAAGAAAGCUGAUGUUUUCACAGGCACGUGUCAACGCACGGGGAAGAGCGAGACGAUGCCACGUGACCUGCUAUACAUACUCCCAGUUAUAGAACAGCCAACAAAGGAUAUGAUGGGAAUGGUGACUGUCCAACUUAGGAAGGAAUUUAAUCCAUUCAUUACGUUGGUUAACACUGAAAACAAGAAGGAGGAACACAACCUUCUCAAUUUCUCCAAACACCACUUCCGAUCGUCAAAUGAAAACAGAAUGUCAAAAAUUUUGUCCAAAGCCUCAUUCAAGAAGGACAAGUCUACUCAGUUAUGGAAAUUCAGCAAGGAGCCUCUGAAGAAACCACUGCUCAAGAAAACCUGUAAUCGAGAAGAACUGAGGCAAACGAGCUGUAGAUGCUUCCUGGCGAUCCAACAGUUUAUGGGAGACUCACCAAACAAAGACCAGAUAUCCGACUUUGAGCUCGCCAAUAACUGUGUGCUCGAACCGUCCAUGAGAAGUAGACAUAUGAGAGAAGAGGUGUAUUGUCAACUAAUAAAACAGCUUACACACAACCCAGAUAAGACCAGUGAGGAUCGAGGCUGGCAGCUGCUCGUUCAUAUGUCCUCAACAGUCAUCCCGGGAAGUGAUCUGGUGGAGGAAUGUGAACUCUUCAUGAAAGGAAGUUUACAUAGAAUGGCCGCCCCUUGCCUUGAUAGAUUUCAGACAACGAAACGGAACGGAUACAGACAGUACCCACCUCAUCAAAAGGAGUAUGAACUGCUUAGGUCCAACGAAAGAACAAUCAAAUUUGAUGUGGUCUUGCCGUUUAACGAAAGACAGUCAGUAGAGGUGGAGACCACAAGUCGCGUUUUUGACAUCAAACAACAGCUCCUGACCAAGUUUGACCUAGUCGACGCAGCGAUGGAGUAUGGCUUGUUCUUCGCCCUUCGAGACAGAGGUCCACAAUAUUCCUCUACCCAUUCAAAAACGACCUCUGGUCACAAACAUGGGUCGGCAUUCAAUAUCACAGUGUUGGGUGCUUACGAUGGAGAUUAUUUUAUGGAUGCCCUCUGUCACGUGGAGAGAUUCUGGACAAAGCUGGCACACUCAGGGAGAGUUAGUCAAGCGUCACCGGAACCUCCACCAGAACCUCACGUGUUCUUCAUGAAGAAGAUAUGGGUGAAUGCCGAACCUGGACAACACAGGAUGGCUGACUCCAUGUUUCACUUUCCUCAGGAACUGCCAAAUUACCUCCGGGGCUUCCACAAAUUUUCAAAUGUUGACCUUGCUAGAAUGGCGGCCUACAUUUACCGAGGGCAGUUUGGUGAAGAUUUGGCAGGGAUGAUCAACUUUCAUGAAAAUAUCAACGCUCUGAUACCUCGGUCCCACGCCAAGACAAAGUCAGUCGACGAGUGGCGAAAGGCCGUAGAGACAAACCUAAAGCUGACCAAGGACCUUUCUCCGGACAAAGCCAAAGUAGAAUUCCUCAAGACCAUCUGGGCAUGGCCCACUUACGGCAGUGUCUUCUUUGAAGUCAAGCAAAGAAUGAUGAAAACUAUGCCAAAACAUUUGUUACUGGCCGUCAAUCCCAACGGUGUGUUACUGCUGGAUCCCGAGUCCAAGGAUAUUUUGGCCAAUUACGAGUACGGCAAAAUCCCUAACUGGGCCUUCGACGAAUUUUCCUUCACACUCGUUGUUGGCGAGUCGUCAAAUGCCACGAAAAUAUUCUUCGAGACCAGUGUGGGACACAACAUUGACGACGUUGUGAUGUCGUAUGUGGCAUGGACCAUGAACACACACAUCAAAAAGCGUCCAAAGUACGCAGGUGUGACUGUUGGUGAAUCAAGCUGUUAAACUCAUCAAACUUCAAAAUAUCGAGUCAUUAGCUCAAAAGCCUCACAUUAUAAAGAUGAAUAAAAGUUAUAUAUUUGGUUCAACAAAAAGCAAGAUUUCAGAAAUAAAUUCUGACGAAGAAGGUUCACUUUAAUAGGUCAAAGGAUCAGAGGAGAGAUAAUGCAUGGUAAACCAACGUGGAACUUGUAUCUAGAAAUUAUUUGGGUUUAAAUAAUCUAUUACAGGUCCUGAUUUCUUAAAUAUAGCUUCAAGCAUCAAGUGAAAAUACCUAAAUACAAAAUAUUGAUAUACGAAGGAGAUUGUAUCACAUCUCGUUACUCGGGAUAAACUGACAUACGUUUGAUCAUGUGUAUUCAGAGGUUUGUAAGUAUUCAUAUUUCGCAAAUAUAAGUAUGCUAUUGUGGUAAUUUUUUGGGUUUGAUGUCUCAUUAAAUAAUAUUAACCAAAGUAUAUAAAUUUCAAAGGAACUGUACGUCUUUUAUAUUUAGCUUAAAUUCUGCAUCAGAUUAUGAUGGUGGCAUAAGUAAAGUUUUAUUCUACAUAAAGUACACAUUGUAUUAUAAGUUUGGUGGUUUGCAUAAUAGUAUGCGUUUAAUAUCAAUGGAUUGAUUGAGAAGAACAUGUCUGUUUUAUGAUAUAAUAACCAAUAUGUAUGUCUAAUCACCCGUAUACAUAGACACUUUGAAACAGAUACUUGUUUUUGUAUGACAUUUAUUUUAUAACGUUUUUACGAAAACUUGAUGGAUUUACAUCAUAUUGAACAAAUACUAGAAGCUCAAAAGUUCUUUAAAAGACCAAAUGGUAAGUUAAAUUAGGUACGCAAGUUUGUGACACAGAUACCAAGGCCGAUACGAGGAAGAGGUUCGUAAUAACAAGGUGUGGAUUUUUUCCUGUACAUAUUUAGCUUAAACAGUAUUUAUAUCUGUGUUCAUUUUUUCUUAAAAUUUUGCAAUCAAUGAUUGAUAUAUAUAUUCCGUUGUAUUUUUAGAAAUCAUAUCACCACAUGUGUUGAUUAUUUGUAUAUAUAACAUUAUAUUCAUUGUCUUUCAAAAUCCAUAUUAAAUAUCGUGUGUUUUUUAAUCAUUCUGUUCUUGUCCUGUUUGGAUCCGGUUGUAUGAAGCACUGUUAGCUUAACGGCAUGUUAAAUAAAAUUUUAAAUCUCAACAAUUUUCAUAAUGAAUGAAAGCAGUGUAAUUGGAAAUAGCCAUUAUAUGAGCAUCUACAGACAAAACCCGUAGAAGGACUUAUACAUUUUUUUGAAAAAUAGUCGAGACAAAAAAAGAUGAAAACAGUUCGAUAGUACAUGGUUUAAACCGAACGACCUGUUAAGUUAACGGUGCUAUAAACAACUGACCUCUUUUCGUUAUGUAUUGGGUGUACACUGAAGUAAACCUAUAUAUAGAUCGACAAACAUGAUUUAAGUUUAUAAAAUAUUUUAAAUGAAGAUGAUUGAUUAUGAUUUAUAGGUAGUUUAUCAUAAUUAUAUUAGAUUCAGCAGAUUUGAUAUAAAUCACAAUCAAUUGUCACAAGUUGAAUAUCCUGUUUAUCCAAUAACCGAUAUAUGAUAAAGAGCUUUACUCUUUAUCAAAUAUAUGUUACUACAAGUGUAACAGUGAAAGUAUUGACAUCGUCACGUGGUGUUUACUUGUAGCUGGAAAUGAUUAAGACACAAUCUACUUGAAAUACAAGUUUUCAAUAAUAUCUUCUCUUGUGGCCAAAAGCUACAACUUUGUAACCAUACAAAGGCAUCCAUAGGCACUUAUUUCAUUUUUGAAACACUUAAAAUAUUUUUUUAUUCUGUCGAGCUUAUUGCCUAUGAACAGUCUUAAAUGAACGAAAUGGUCAUCCAAUUACUUAAUGUUUAAAUGAGAGCUUUCUUACUUCAUAACUCGAGUAAUCACAUUACAUAAAAGUUUAAGAAAUUAGACUCUACGAGAUAAAGGUGAUGGAACAUAUAGUAGUUAUGGGGUUUAUGUCAUUAUCCGUUGUAACGCUAGUAACGAUAAUGUAGUUUGCUUAAUACAUCCGGUGAUGUGCUAUCUUAUUUUGAUUAUAUCUAAAAGUUUAAUUGUUAUGCUAAAGCUGUCCUUCUCCUACAGUUGUGUAAAUAUGAAAGUUAUCAUUUCAAUUUGAAAAAUAUUUAUUUGUUCAUUUUUCCCCAUUUCUUGCUUCUAUUAAACUGACAAAAAUCAAAAUGUAACCCAGUGGACACAAUGCAGCAAUAAACGAAAUCUAGGAUACUUAUUAGUCGUAGGUGUUGCAGUCGACACAAAAACUGUACCGAUAUCACCAUUUAUUUAUAGGAAUAAUAUUCAGGAAGUUUCACUUUAACAAUGAAACAUAUGUCAACCAUGUCUAAUUGUAUGUUUUGUUCUUGUAAUUGCCUUUGGUACAUGUAGCUUAUAAACAUAUCUAUGAGUUGCAUUUCAACCUAAGGGGGAUAACAAUUUAUUUUUCUCUGAUCUUCAGUUAUCUCCCUUUUCUUUGCUCAAAGACUUACUUGAUUUGAAUUAUACACUGAAAACCAUAUCGAGUUAUUUAACGGUUCUAUUAAAUUUCAUAUAAUAUGAACAAAACCAGGGAUACAGUCGUAUUUUUUUUUUAGAAAUGCCAAUGAACAUUUCAAAAGGGAAAAGUAUAAUCAUUUAUUUAUUCAGAAUUAUUGCUCAAUUAAAAUCUAAAUUCGACAGAAACAAGAAAACGUUUUAAUAUUACAUAUUAUUAGCUUAAAUCUGUCUCAAACGGCUGAAUUCCUCAAUAUUUCUAUAUUAUGAUAUCGUAAACUUGAAAACACAAAUAUAAUUGAUGUCUUAAAGAAAUAAACCCGGCUCCCCUCAACGAAUCCCAGUCUCUGUAACAACACAUUCAAUUUAGAUAUCAAAUCUUAUAAAAUGUGAUGAUAUGAUGUUUUGAUUAUAUAACCACAGUUGACGUUUAAUACAUUUUCUUACUGUGAUUAUUAUUAUGAUAAAAUUCUUUUUAACAAAAACUGCAAGAGUUGUUUUACGUUUUGAUCACUUUCUUAUAUUUUUCGUAUUUUUUUAAAAAUAUGUUUCAAAAGUUUGGCUACAAUAGCGCAAACACAUUAAACUGUUGAAUGAUUAAAAUAUUGUGACACAGCCAACCAAUAUUUUAGUAUACAUGUUUUAUACGUACUGGGCACUGGUUAUAUUUAUUGCUUCGCAUCUAACAAUUUGUCGCUUUUAAUUAUGAAUCGAUAUGGUUAUUGAGAAGUAACUGUAUGGUUACGGAUCAAAUGUUUUAUUUAAAGAAAAACUUCACUGGCGAGCAAUCCAUACUGUCAAUAGUUUUAAAGUCAGGAAAGAAUUUUAUUCCUCAUUUGGAAAUGGUUUCAUAGACAGGGAUUUGUUAUAUGCAACUGUCCUAUGCAACUUACCAUUCUUAUUGUAUGAAAUAUAUUGUAGUUGAAAAAUUAAUAAGUUAAAGAUCACGGACUUCUUCAGUUUAAAUACAAUGUAACAUGCAACCUAGUUAUAAGCUAAUCAAUUUUGUGUUUAACAUUAUACACUUAACAAAACAGGGAUUCUAAUAGCAUAAUGUUUUAUGCAUCUUUUUACAACAUGAUUUAUGCAAAUGAGUUGUUACCAACGUUAUAAUUAACCUAUAUAUAUAUCCAAACAUAUUGUAGCGAAGCUAUCUCGAGGCAAGAAUUUAUAACAAAUAUAAUCUGGAUACAUUAUCUUCAACACAGGACAUAUCUGUAUACUAUUGAAAUAAGUAUGUCAUUUGAGUAAGAUUAUAUAUUUUUAUGAUACAUCAGAUGUGUUAUAAUGGCUAUUACGAAUGAUAAGAUAAGAAGUUAUGAGUUAUUAUGAUAACAUGUUAUAAUAUUGACAGGAUUUCAAUGUGAUGAGAUGCUUUAUGAGAUGUUAUUAUGGCGUUAUUGUGAGAUACUAUGAAGUUUCAUGAUAACAGGCAAUGUGAUUUUUUGAUCCUAUGACAAGUUCUGUUAAUUAUGUCUUCUCGAAUUUAUUAUUUCUAGUUUAUCCAAUAAAAUCUUGUCUGCUUCAUUUAUAGGUGUGCAUCUCACUGUGAUGUACGGUGGGUGAUUUAUGCCAUUACGUUAUUUCGGCUUCUCGCCCAGAAAAGUCAAAACAACGUAAUUUAAGCAUGGUAAGCAAACUAUACAGUAAAAAAAUGUCCUGGUGGUGAAAAAUCUGAUCUCCUUGAUUUACACUGUCGAUGCCGAAGAAGAUGCUUACUUUCCGGUACAACUCGCCUUAUUCUCUUUGUACUUUUUAAAGAGGCUGAGAAAAUAAUAUUGUUUCUGUCUUCAUAUUUUGCGAUACACUCAGCGAUUAUGAGAUCGAACAAAUUUUGUUUAUGCAGCUGUAUUCACGUUCUUUCCUGCAUCGAUUACAGGAGCUACAGAAGGUGUACAUUACACAUUUGCCAAAAAAAGUGCAGUUCAUAACCGGGUUGACAAAAAAGGAAGACAAAUUGUUUUUCCAUAAAAUAAAUCUAUAAUAAUGAGGACCAAUAGUAAAACAUCGUUGCUCUAUUGUCUGAGAGCGUUUUACAUGUAACAUUAUACCAAUGUCAUUAAUUAAAGAAUCUCUUUACACAAAUCCUUGUUUUUAUUCAUUCAUGCAGUUGCAUUAGGCUUACCUCUGUCAGUGUGAUCGACAAGUUCAUGUCACAAAGUUUCACCAACACUGGCGCUUCAGAACUAUAGAUUUAAAAUAAUUUGCUUGAAUUAAGUCAAGUAAGUUUUUUUUCAAUACAAAGCCAUUGAAAGCUUGAAAAGCGAUUUCCAGACGACUUAGAUUCCACACACCUUCCUACCAUAACCUUGCGCGAACACGAUACUAUAUUAUUUUUGUACGAAACAUCAAACAAUAAUAUAUCCAGAAAGUGAAAUUGGAGAAUGAAUUUGCUAUUACAUAUAUUAAAACACAACAUGGAAGCGUGCCAACAUUUUUUUACCGUGAAAACACAACAUCAAUAUCAAAAUCAAAAACACAGGUUGAAAUAUUUUCCUUUUUAAUAUAAAUACAUCUCAAAGGAUAAAUGAUGAAACUCAACAAUAAUAUGGGUUAGUGAUUGUAACACAUCAGGUAGAUAUGUAUAUCUGUAAACAUGGCGCCCAUAUGGCCUGUAUCGAUCACCUUUGUUGAAAGCUGGAGAAAAAUGUCACUUUCGAAGAGGAUACACGUCUAAUGUUUAUUACUGUACACCAUUUUUGUUGAAAGAACGGCAACCUAUUCAAGUAAAUGUAACUUUGUAUAUUACCUCAGCUAAUGCACGUCCAAUGUUACAACUUCAGAACUUAAGGACAUUUAGAAGAUGUUGUUUUAAAAGGGUUUUGGCACCGUGCAGAUGAGUCAAGGUAAUUCAUAUAAGCUUUACAUCCCUUCAGCUGCCUAACAUGCUACUGGCCAAACAUCCUCACAAUAGGCCUCUUGGAAGUGCAGAGGUUUUUUAAUAAAUAGACGCCGAACGUUCAAUGGGCACCGCGCCACAGCAUUAGCUCACUCGCCCUUCUAACAGCGAGUUAAACAUUUUCAAUUUAAAGUAAAAUACAUAAUAUCGUAAAUGGGUUCAGGUAGUAUUAGGUUUCAUUUUACGCACUCACGAGUUCACACCUUGCAACAGUAAACGACAUACAAAUCGGUCCCCCGGGAGUGACCAUACUGUAGGGAGAAGACAAAACAAUAUUGCGAUGGGACUGCAGAUCAACCUUUUCCCUCCAAUCAAUUAAGCAUAAGAGAGAAAGAAAAAAACAUGUAUUCUGCAGUGGAAAAUAUUGAAAGGUUACCUGGACCUUAGCUGGAGUCCUAUUGCUAUCUAUCACCUGCAGGUUUGGGUAGAGAAUAUACCUAGCUUAUCCUACCGUAUGUUACUGUCAGAGGCAAUUCAUGUCCUCUCCUCGAACCUGCAGGUGAAAGAUAGCUUCAGGGCUUAAGCUAAGGUCCAGGUAACCUUUCAAUAUUUUCCGUGGUGAACGAGACCAAAUUCAGAAUUACAUCGACUUACUUUUCUCCUUUAAAAAAGGACCAUCAGGUUAGCAGCAGAUAAACAAUAUAAACAUGGUUUCCUACAUGUAAAAUCUAUAUACUUACAUGUAUACAUUUUAUAUUGUUACCAUAAGAAAACAAAAUACUCAUAUUUGUACAAUCGUAACCACAAGUCAUACAUAUAUAUACUCCUACCUGUUAUAUUAUUACCACAGGUAAACUCUAUGCAGUCCUACCUGUUAUAUUACAUAUAAAUAUAUAUACGCCUACCUGCGGUAUUACUGCAGGUAAAUGUAUACACUCCUACCUGUUAUAUUACUACAGGUAAAUCUAUAUAAGCCUAUCUGCUGUAUAACUACAGGUACAUCUAUAUACUCCUACGUGUUAAAUGUAUAUUAAU